UCGGUCGCCGCCUGCAUCUUCCCGAUCUCUCGCGCUGGCGGUUGCCACUUCGAUGGAAUCCUCUGGGAAUUUCUGUGCCGCCUUCGCUGCCCGUUUCCAAUUUGGUUUCUUCUCUCCCGCCGUUUCCUAUAAAUACUGCUGCCCUUCUGCGCCCGUUCCUCAUUCCCUUCACUUCUGCCUGCCCUUCUUCUUUCUUGAGCAGUACUGACGGUCGGGCGAUGGUUGGGCCUGCUGCUGUUCGAUCCGGCGGACGCCGUCGGGGCCGCCCUCCUGGGAUUCGGGCGGCCGUUAUUGCCCGUGUGUGUCGCGCUGGUGAUCGCCUUUCUUCCGUGGAUUCGUCUUCGGCGAUGGCAGCCGCUGGUGGGUGUGGCCGGCCAGCUACAGUUGAUUCGGGUUGCCGCUUCCGGUAUGGUCCUCGCCGGCCGUUCCGUUCUUCUCGGAUUGGUGCCCACCGAUUCGAUUCGCUGGAAGAUUUUAAUGUGGACGUUGAUAGUCGCCGUCGGGAGAUUUCAUUAGGGAAGCGGCCUGUAGAUUGUAUCAUUGGUUCUGCUAUUAGUGUGGGUUCUUCUUCAGCGGUCGACGGGUUUGCUUUGGCUGUUCGGUCUGUCAGUGUGCGACCUGAUAGUCUGUCUGUCCAAGUUGUUGACGGAUCGAAUGUUUGUCCUGCCGGUUUUCCUGCUGGUGUUUGCCUUCAUGGUUCAUUGGGCGGCAGUACAUUUUCCCGCUGUCAUCCAAGAGUGGUGCCCCUAUGUGCUGGUGGUGCCUUCGGUCGGCCUACUCCUCUUGGUAAUGUGUUGCCUACUCCUAUUAUGGAACACUUUCGUGUUUUGCAUGCCCGCCGUAAGCGGACGAUGGUGCGAUCGUACUGGUCGGGUCGGAAAAGAGUGCAUGGGAUGCAGCCUCCUUUUUCUAAGGAUUACAUCCAACUGCUUAAGGCUACUUUUAGGAGGCGUUCAUAUUAUGGCGGGCCGGAUUUGUGUUGCCAUCACUGUGGGGCUUUCUUUUGGUUCCGUGAAGGAUCUGUUCACCAUGCUGACGUAACUUCUCGCUCUCCUGUUUACACGGGAUGCUGUCGGACGGUUGGGUGCACAGGUUGACCGCAGUAUCAAUGUUGGAGGUGCUCCAUAUGUUUUCAAGAUGAAUGGGGUUGUCUACCAUCGUAUAGGUUCAUUGUUGCCGGCUGAGGGUGCAACUCCCAAGUUUGCGCAAUUGUUCAUGAUAGACUCUGCUGACUAGUUGGACUGUAGGUUGAAUGUGUUUGACAGAGAAGAAUCUUCUUCCCUUGAACCUGAUCCUGAGAUUGUUUCUUCAUUGAUAAACAUGCUUAAUGUGCAUCACCGUUUGGUGCACAAAUUUAGAA